CAUAAUAUUGCUACACUUAAUUUUGAAGACUUGUGUCAUCUUGUUGAGUUGCAAAUUCAAAAUACUGAAAAUAGUAUAAUUCCUGGUGGUGCAAAUCUUUUAAGUUUACCUGAAUCAAUAACCACAGUACAAUCUACACGUA